AAUGAAAUUCGUUUUCAUCACAUUUUUACCGAUUCUCUGCCUUGCAAUUCCGCUUCCCGAUAUUCUUCCAAAGCUCCCUCAAAUCCGUAAAGUACAGUCCACGGCUGUGAAGGGAAAGUUGUUGUGUGAUGGAAAAGGUUAUGAAAAGGCUCGUCUGAAGCUGUAUGAGGUCGAUCCCAUCAAGGACACCCUUAUGUCAGAAGCACUGACUAACGAAAAUGGUGAAUUCGAACUUUCUGGUAAUGACACCGAAUGGACCAAAAUUGACCCAAAGCUCAAUAUCUAUCACAAUUGCCACGACGAGGCUAUUGAAUGCUGGCGAAAAGUGGAAAUUGUGAUUCCAGACGAUUUCAUUACAGAAGGAGAGACUCCAGCUAAAACCUUUGACAUUGGAAUUCUCAACAUUAAUGCAGUUCUUCCAGGAGAGUCUCGUGACUGUAUCAAUUAGUACCCUCAAUGAAUAUUAUUACCUCACUGCUUUUUACAAAUUCUUGAAAUGUUUUCCGGUUUCAUGUCAUUAUGUUUCUGUCAUUGGUCAAUAAAUGGGAUUGGUUUUU